UUAGGAAUCGUUGGCGUGCGCUCCCAAGCCUCUGCUUUGUCGUUAGCAUUUUAUAUAUUUCCGCAUGAGUGUCAGAGUCGGCUUUGUCUGAGUUCAUUUCUCACCGGAAAUGGAACGGCUCCAUCGCCAGCAGCCUGUAUUCUCCGACCGGGUCGUCGUCAACGGCACCGUCACCCCGGUAUCUCUGUUCAGCGACGGCACAUUAUGGUGUUUGGAUGGAGGUCAACGGUGUUUGCAUCUCGAAAAAGAUGUUCUUGGGUUCGUCACUGAUGGCCCUGAUAUAAAGAUCAGAUGCCUCGUUGAUGGCCAGAGUGGCUGCUCUCCGCGGAACAGAGGGAAGCUUGUCAGAAAAGAUGUCGUGUUUCAAUCGUUGUCCCAGGAAUCUCAGAGGCUGUGGUGCCAGAACCUUCGCGAAUUCCUCGAUUCCUUCGGUCGCCCUAAGAGGCUUUUUAUUUUUCUUAAUCCAUAUGGGGGAAAGAAAGCUGCUACAAAGAUUUUUCUUCAUCACGUGAAACCUAUUCUUGAUGAUGCUGAAAUCCAAAUCACUCUUCAAGAAACCAAAUACCAGCUCCAUGCGCUGGAAGUUGUUCGUACACUAGAUAUUUCAAAUUAUGAUGGGAUUGUUUGUGUUAGUGGUGAUGGAAUUCUGGUUGAGGUUGUAAAUGGACUGCUAGAAAGAGAGGAUUGGGAUACCGCAAUAAAAAUACCCCUUGGAGUAAUUCCUGCAGGUACGGGCAAUGGCAUGGCAAAAUCUCUUCUUGAUUCUGUUGGUGAUCCUUGCACAGCUGCUAAUGCUGUUCUUUCCAUUAUUCGAGGUCAUAAGCGAUCUCUUGAUGUGACUACAAUCAAGCAAGGAGAAACCAGAUUUUUCAGUGUAUUGAUGCUUGCAUGGGGACUCGUUGCAGAUAUUGACAUUGAGUCUGAAAAGUAUCGAUGGAUGGGAAGUGCUCGAUUUGGGUUUUAUGCUCUCAAUCGAAUCUUACAUUUGAGGCAAUACAGCGGAUGCAUUUCAUUUGUGCCUGCGCCUGGGUUUGAAGCUUGUGGGGAGCCCACGAGUUACAAUGGAAAAUCUACGGGCAAAGACAACAACCAUGAUCUUAAAGAAGCAGAAUAUAUUAAGUUACAAAGCUCCUGUUAUCGAGGACCUGAUAUUAACUUAGAGAAUUUGAAUUGGAGAGCCAUAGAUGGACCCUUUGUUUCUGUUUGGCUUCACAAUGUUCCCUGGGGCUCUCAGGAUGCCUUGGCAGCACCUGAUGCAAAGUUAUCAGAUGGUUGCCUAGACUUGAUCCUUGUCAAGAGAUGUCCAAAAUUAGCUUUGCUGUCACUGAUGUCAGAAUUAGGUAGUGGCAAUCAUGUGAAAUCGCCAUAUGUAAUGUACCUUAAGGUGAAGGCUCUCAUCUUGGAACCGGGCCCACGAAUUGCGAGGGCUGAUAAAGAAGGUAUAAUAGAUGCUGAUGGGGAAGUUCUGGCAAGGGGGAAAGGAACGCACAAGUGUGACAAUAUGACUUUGAUGGCAUAUGAUCAACUUCAAAUAACUGUGGAUCAAGGUUUAGCAACAAUUUUUACCCCAGUGUAGUGGUUAAAUUGAAUUUUCUUCUUUUUCUCUAGGUCCAUUCCAUUCUUGUUCUUGGUUAUGGUUUCACUAAUAAUGACAAAAUAAAAUCUUCUAUGGAAUAUGACAUUGUGUAUCCUGUACAGAACUGAACCAAAUAAAAUGGAAAGCUGAGUUAGUUCCCUCUGCAGGAUUUGUUUUUAGGCCUUGAAAGUGGCAGUUUUGAAUAGCUUUUGGAUUUUUUCCCCUUGAAAAGUAUUAUUAUCCAAAACUUUGUUUAAUCUUUCCCAACUGAAAAACUUCGUUGGGAUUUCAUCAGAAAAGCUUGGGUUGAUCUUUCUUUAUGGUCAAGCUUCAAUCCCUUGGCAACCACACAGUUGGAAUAUGCUCCACACGCUCUUGUACACUCAUGGAAGCAAUGAGAUUAUAUAUUUGCUGAUUGUGACAACACGUUUGUAUUGUUAAUUUUGAGUAGAUUUAAAUUUGGAUGGCUUGACUUGAGGUGGAGAACAUGAGAUGCGUAAUAACAGUACAAUAUAAAUAAUAUUUAUUUA